UGUCGGUUGAAUAAUAUUUAAGCGUAGUCGAAGCGCCUCUUGGAAUGUCAUCGAUCCUUUCAUCGCUUCUUUUGUGAGUCGAGCUACCUCUUCACCUUUGCCGCAAAAUUUGGAAUUAAACCACACCCUCUCUUUGAUCAUCUCCAACUUCAGAGCUAUAUGUCAUUAGUCGAAAUUGAACCGAAACUAAACUGAAAUUCAUUAGGUAGAUGAGACAAAUUAGUGCCAUGAGACAGAACAGAAUUAUUUUUGUGUUGUACUUAUUUGCAAUGAGUAUAACAUCAGCAGCCAAAGUGUAAGCAUUAAAAUCUUUCGAAGUCAUCAGACAUUUUUGAUAUAUUUUUUGUGUGUUCUCACCAAAACCAAUAUAGUUUUGUGAGUUUCAAGACGUAAAUUAUUUGAGAAACAUGAACAAGUCAAAGGUGCAACGUGAUACGUUGAAGAUGUUUAUGGCCCUUACUCAGACGAGUGAAAAGACGGCAACGUUGAUUCUACAAGAUAACAAUUGGAAGUUGGAUCAGGCCAGCGAUACUUAUUUUACAAAUCCCGAAAGAUACAGUCGUUAUUCGGAAGAAACGAAAAUCGCACAGCUAUUCCGACGAUACGAAGAUCCGCAUGAUCCGACAAAAACCUCAACCGACGGUGUAUGCCGAUUUUUGGAAGACUUACAACUCGAUCCAACAUCGAAAUUGGUUUUGAUCUUUGCAUGGAAAUGUCGCGCCGAAAAUCAAUGUGAAUUCACAAAAAAGGAAUUUAUCACCGGUUUUAUGGACUUGAACGUUGAUUGUAUAGAUCGUUUAAGAUCAAAACUACCAGCAGUGGAAAAUGAAUUACGCCUACCAACUAAAUUCAAGGAAUUCUAUCAUUUCACAUUCACCUAUGCAAAAGACGACACACAAAAAGGCAUCGAUCUGGAAACGGCCAUCGCAUACUGGAACAUUUUGCUCAGAGGUCAAUUUAAAUUUCUUGAUCAAUGGUGCGAAUUCUUGACGAAAAUUAACAAUCGUCCGAUUCAAAAAGACGUGUGGUAUUUGCUGUUAGAUUUUAUAACCGAGAUCGAUGACAACAUGUCUAAUUAUGACUCUGAAUCUGCGUGGCCGGUAUUGAUCGACGAUUUUGUCGAAUGGUUUCGCACAAAUUACCAAUGACAAUCGGUGAUAAACACAUCGACAAAUAGAAGCAACGAAAAAGAACACAUCAACUCCGAUUAAUCCAACCAAUAACUCAAUUUUUAACUUAAAAAAAAAU